AUUUCUUGAAAAACAAAAUUUGCGUUGCUCUUAAAAAUCGUUUCGCAAGGUGUUGCUUCUAUUUCUAUUUCCAUUUCACCACAUUUCGAUUUCCCCCUCCGCGUGGUGUUGUAGUUGUUUUGCUUGACGUAGUUCUUUAUCAAAUGUAAAAAUGUCUGGGUCUGGCUCUGGAAGGUUGCAACUUGUGAUGCUAACGCUACACUCUAAAAAAGUCUGUAUUGCAUGACCAGCAAGAGAGGUCUCGUUUCCGCUACGCGGGGAGGGCAUUUGUUAUGCGGAGUAGGCAUCAGGAAGCCCUCUAAAAAUCUGUGAUGCUAGGUCGUGCAUUACAGACAUCCUGGGCCAUGCAAAAUAUGCAUGACAAGUCUCAGAAUCUUCCAGACCCAGACAUUUUUGCACUUGAUAUUCUUGCCCUUGACGUAUACAAAUUCAACUUGUGAGCAAAAAUCUUGCACUGCAAAAACCAUCCUGGCGGGUAACGAAAACGAAAACGAGGAGACAGUGCGCAAGGACGAGAAAAUUAUAAAACUGCAACUACGCCAACGCCGGGAGCGGUUUGGCAAUCAACAUAUCAAAUGCAAAUUUGUCUGGGUCUGGAAUGUUGCUGGGUUUGUCAUGCAUAUUUUGCAUGACCCAGCAGGAUGUCCUCUGUAAUGCAUGACCUAGCAUCACAGAUUUUUACAGGGCUUCCUGAUGCCUAAUCCGCAUGACAAAUGCCCUCCCCGCGUAGCACAAACUAGACUCCUCUUGCUGAUCAUGCAUAUACAGAUUUCUUUAGAGUCCUCCAGAGUUGGCAUUACAAGCUCCAACCUUCCAGACACGGACACUUUUGCAUUCGAUAUCAACAGCACACGAUACAACUAGAGGCUUUUCAUCGUCGGCAGAAGUAGAGUAUCAAAUGUAAAAAUGUCUGGGUCUGGAAGAAUGCAACUUGUGAUGCUGCAUUUCGAUUCCAAAAAAAUCUGUAUUGCAUGAGUACCAAAGGGAAUGCAAUUUUUCCUACGCUGAGGAGGCAUUUGUCAUGCGGAAUAGGCAUCAAGAAGCCCUCAAGAAAUCUGUAUUGCUAGGGUAUGCAUCACAGACAUUAUGGCUCACGCAAAACGUGCAUGACAAGUGUCAGAAUCUUCCAGACCCAGACAUUUUUACAUUUGAUAUAGAGCUGGAGCUGCUGCGAAGGAACAACGAAGGAAACAUCUUCUAUGGAAGCGUCAGGAUUGAAAUCGUCAGAGUUGAAAUUGUUUGUGAUGCAUAAAAUGCAUGACCCGAGGUACGUGCGUUGCAGAGCAGGCAAGUGAGGCCGAUUGUAAGCCUGUUUGGGGCUAGAGCUCGAGCAGCUAAAGCAGCAUGAGAAAAUCGGUCUUCUUUGCCUAAACAGCAUGACAAACUGGAUUUAGGGAGCGCCAAAAUUUGUCAUGCUCCGCUUGGAAACUGGGCUCCAACUGGCAUCCAUUUUUUGCAUGACAAAUCAUUUCAACUUUGUCGAUUUCAAACCUGACGCUUCCAUAUCUUCCAAGCGACGUUUGUUCCACCUUCUGGCAAAGAACAAUUAACCGACAACAACAACAACAACAAGGGUGUUUCUACUGACACCUACUCGCCACGAUCACUAUCAACUGCAAAAGUGUCUGGGUCUGGACGAUUGCCAGGUUUGUCAUGCAUAUUUUGCACGACCACCCAUGACGCCAGUGGUGCGUGACUUAGCAUCACAGAUUUUUGGAAGGCUUCCUGAUGCCUAUUCUACAUGACAAAUGCCGUCUCCGCGUAGCACAAUCUGAGCUCCUCUUGCUGCUCAUGCAAUGCAGAUUUUUUCAGAAUCCAAAAACAGCAUGACAAGUUUGGAUCCUUCCAGACGACCCAGACAUAUUUGCAAUGCAUAAUCACAAACGGCUAGCAAAAUGUGGGCUCGUCGUUCAGAACCAGACCACAGUCGUGCACACUGGCAAGGGGCCAGAAAGCUUGCCGCAAUCACGGUAUAACUUCUGUGGCAUAAGAUGUUGCAAAAGCGCGGUCUUAUUUUAUUUACAACAUUGCUUGCUCGUGCUUGACAUGCGGUAAAACCUUUGAGUUUGAUAGUCACAGCAUCACAAAAUUUCAUGCCGCGUCAUGAUUUCAUCUCGGUCGUUCAUGUACAUACUUCUAGCGCCGCAGAACGUGAACAACAGGAGGACAAAAAAAGCAUUAAAGAGCUUGUUUGUAGUUUACAUGUCUGUAGUGGCGUCAACAUGAUCUAUUUCGUCCAACAACAUUCAACUACCAUAUCCAAGAAAAAAACUGUGUUAGUGUACUUAACUUUCUUUGGCUGACAGCAUCACAAAUUUGCUCUGCAUGACAGAGAAAACCUGUCAUGCGUGGCUUUUAAGGGAAAAUACAAAUGAAAAAAGGACUUCAUGGCUGUGUGGCAUGACAGGUGUAACUCUGUUGCAUGUUUUGCAUUACAGAGUGCACAGUUUUCUUCUUGCAUAUACCAGGCCCGCCAUCUAGCGGUGCUGCAACUCGGCGAAGUGUUUGUUCUACACAAUCAACACGACGCGCCGCAUCAUUUCUGUGCCGCCACGAAAACAACCACUUCUGGUGCGGCUUUGGCGGCAGAGGACAAAAAUGACGCGGUGGAGGACAACGAUGGGGCUACUUCCACCUCGACCACCAGCUUCCUGGAAGGGCAAGAAGCGGGAAAAAAAGCAGCCGUCAUCAUCGACGAUCCUGAAGACGGUAUCCUGGGUAAAAACGCCCCCAGUUCCGCUUCCCCGUAGUCAAGACGGAGAUUUUGCUAGACAAAUCCGCAAGGUUUAUUCGUUGCCAGGCAUGAAAAAGAAAAAUUUGUCGUGUAGUAGAAGUAGUACCCGCCGGCCCAAGAAUCGUGGUUUGGGGCCUUAGCCGCACCAGGAAGCCGCUUGCUUCAGUAUCUGAUUUCAAGCAUGACAAACCCGAAAGAAUGUGAUGAGAUGAAAUAAAUGCCUCUCAAACUCAAUGUGGAGAUUCGCAUGAGAAGUACUGUCCUGAGCAGGCAAGUUUGCAUGGCAAAUCUUCGGUGGGGAAGUUCUUUUUGUACAGGAUAGACGACGAAGAGGAUUUUUCGUCCGACGAUCACGACGCGGAUAUGCUCUGGCAAAAGACUGAUCAUACCAUCACCCGCAAUUAUUUGAUGUGGUAAUGUAGGAUAGGAAUAGCUAGACGUAGACAAAGUCGCUAUCUACAUCGAAAUACAAGAUUUCAUGUACUUUUCUGCAUGUAGUUUUUCGUUUGAAUGACAAAAGGGGAGUUGUAGUUGUCCUAAACUGACGGUGAUGGUGAUCAUCAUGUUUUCCCUAGCGAUAGCGGAGGUGGCUGCCUUCGUCGCCUGGCACUUUCGGAGUGGAGGGGGCGUUGUAUGAGAGUGCACAAUUCCCCCUCUCCCUCAUUUGAAGGGCAUGAGCAGCAACACAAACACCGGAUGGCGAUGAAAUGUGACUCCCGCAUUACAAAUUGAAAUCUGCUCGCCCUUAUUUGAAGGGCAUGAGCAGCAACACAAACACUGGAUGACGAUGAAAUGUGACUCCCGCAUUACAAACUGAGAUUCCCCGCAUACGGAGUGCAGUACUUCUGAUUUUUGAGGUUCGAAGAUCUGUCACUCAGAGAGAGCCGGCACGACGAAGACAUUUUCUUGUGGGUAUUUUGCAUCACAAAUGACGACAAGGGGGAGGAAUUUUGCACUCUCAUAAGGCACGAAUCAAAUUCAUCAAGCCGGCCGUGCAGGAAAUUUUGGCGGGAGUACGAAGAAGCAUCUGCAGGGAAAGAAGAAGCAGGACAAAAUCGACGUUUUAUCCUGUGUGAAAACCACCACAUCCCCAAAUCUUCUUCAUCACUUGUCAUGCAAAAUAGCAAAAAUUUGGCACAACGUCACUGUGCAUGGCAGUUUUCAACUCCGAAGGCCCAAAGAACAGUAUGUACAGCAUUUUUGUUCCGAUCUUAGGUCCAGUUCGUCUUUCGGAAAGUACAGUAAUUGUUGAGCUUGUUUCCACCAUUGUCGGUUGUAUUAAGGUUGACACCGCUCAAGUGGUGCUGAAAGUAGAGGGGGAGUGGUUGUUCACCAGCAUACCAUUCUCUCGGAGGUGAGAACGACCAGAUCGGAAGCCCUCGUGCGGCCGCUGCGGAUGUUGGUCGCGAAGGCGGGGCUUUUUUGCUACCUGACGAAGAAGCCGGCGUCGAAAAUCGGAUGGGAGAAUUUUUGGAGCAACAAGCAACAGCUGGUCUUCCUACCAGCACGAUGGUAACUACAUUCGCACUGCCACACUACGGGAUGCCAAAUUCCCAACCUCGCGUUGCCGCUGCCACUGCCACUGUCGCUCCGGCGCGAAUGGUACAGGUGGAUCAAUAUCACAACCGUCCGUUGGUCGCUGUCCACCCUUCCGCCCCGUUUCCGGUUUUUCCUGGAUCUGUUGUCGCAGGUGGAGUUGCUCCCAUGUCAUCUUCUACCACUGCACCAGGUGGCCCCCCUGUGGCCACCCCCGCCCCCGGUCAAGUACAAGUACAACGAGCGCAGCCUGCUCCACCUGCCAAACAAACUCCAGCCGAGCGUUUUGCGGUCCUUCCCCAAGCGGAAAUUGUGCAGCUGGUGAAAUCAGUGGGGAACGGGGGUGCCACGUACAAGAUCGCGGAUGGUAUUACGGACUCGAAAGUUCUAAAGCCCCGUCUGGUUGAAAAUCAAGUUCAUGGACGGCGCAUGGUGCGUAGACUACUUGAACACAGGGACAGGGCUGAAAGUGAGUAUUUGAAAAUUUCAAAAAACUGUAAAACUAAAAGCGUAAAAAAGCCCGGCACGAUGCAAAUGCAUAUGCAAGUACUAUCUUGCAUUUUUUUGUUCAUAAUCCUCCAUUUUAUAGUGCUAAGUCGCCCAUUGCGAUUCACAUUCAUCCCAAGUGACCCACUUGGACUCGCGUGCUACACACUGUCAAAGAAGUUGCACCCAACACCAGACGGCUCUUUUUCUUUUGCCCAGAAUAGGAGAUGACGACGCUGACCCAGCAGCCCAAAAGCGUUCGGCCGUGUUCUUUUUCACGCGCGAGGAUGGCAAAACCGAAAAGCGGCCUUAUAGGAAAGGCACCACGAACCUACGACCGGGAGCAGACUACACGUUGCUCGCAGACGGACACCUGGCUUUUUUUCUCGACAUAAGCAGCGGAAAUGUGUCUCGGUCAUGUUCAGGAAAAAGAUAUAUUUAGAAAAGGGCCGAACGAUGGCGCUUAUUUGUGUCUUCAAGUUGGCUGUGGUGACGAGGAGCAGACAGACGCAAAAACAGGAUAUGUGUUUGAUAGAAGACCUCGCACAUCAUCUACUAUUUGGCACAUGUCAUUCUCAUUGUUAGUAGUACGGGACAAGAACAAGUUGGAUUUUGGCAUGACACGCAAGAGCAGAUUUGCUACUUGCGAUGACGCAGCACAGACUUCACUUUUUGACGCUUCCCGUCAGGCAGUACAGAUCCAGACAUAUUUGCGCAGCAUACGACAGCACGAACGAGAAUAUCAGAUUGCGCAAUCCCCCUCUCCUUCGUAUUCAGUUGGCAUGAAGAACAGCUGCAACUAUUCGCGGCACUACCGUGCUAGAGCUGCGCCGCAAGGACAGAUGGAUCCACAAGCGGAUCGUAUAAAUUUCAUUUCUUGGUCCUCGCAUCAGCAACUCGCCCUGUAAUUAUGUAGCGCGCGUGCGUGUGGACCCGUUCCCAACUAUUAUGCAUGACAACUGAACAAGGGGAGCGGGUGUUGUGCGUUUUCAUACGCCACAAUCACGUCAUCAAGCCUUUCUCUAUCAUACAGAAAAUUUUGCUUUUUCAUGCUCGGACAACAUAAUGGCCAUGGCACAAUUUGGGGCGAGAGUCAUAAUACCACUUUAUUUUCAGGACACACGAGGGGAUGCAAAGCCCGAAGGCUUUGAGGACAUCAGAAUCAGCCGGACCCCGCUUUCGUAUCAAUAUAAGGAUCUAUGGAUAAGAUUAACACCCAGAGCAAGAAGGAAGGAGAAAAUGAUGACAAGCAGCAAAGGUUCAGAUUUUGGACUUCAACCGCUAAAAUAGCGCCAGGUCGUGUCGUAGUGCGUAGACUGCAACUAAGUAUUCUGUUUCUGUGUGGUAGAGUCAGUUUCUUCGGAAACUCCCGACGGCGGAGUGCAGCUGGGAGGGGCGGAACUCGAACUGAAAGUCCGAGUCGAGGGCACGACGGACGCCAAGCAGAAGCUGUACAAUUGUUUUCCCCUCGACAGUAUGAACUGCAAAAGAAAAAGUAUCGUAGUACCCGCAUAAAGGCACUACAAAUUUCCUCAGCAUGAGAAAUAAACUUUGUCAUGCGGAUUUACCUUAAGAAACCUUUUGUAAUGCACGACUUGCAUUUAUACGAGUGCGAUACUUUUGCACAGGAUAGACAGUGCCCUUCCCAUGGCUGUCAGCGACACCCAAAGCACGGCUCCCGCACGCGAGGAAGAUGAAGCAGGAGGUACUGCAGCUGCUCCAGAGGACCCCAAACAGCAUGAAUUGGAGUACACAGUGCAGCGGUUGGUACACGAUGAGAAGGCCAAGGACCAAGACGCCUGCUUGCGACAUUGCACAUUCGAUAAGAACUGCAAGGGCUGGGCCUGGAAAGCCAAACAGGGAGAGUGCCUGCGCUGGGGCCACGGGACCAUCUUCAGCUUGACACCACACGCCAAAGCGGCAACUAUUCACUGCGAUGUGAUAACGGGCGAAGAAAAACAAGGUGGUGAAGAGGAGGACGACAGCGCAUUUAUUGUCCAGAAAAAGUUUCCCCCCUUGAAGUCCGGGCUCGAGGAAGUUUGCUUGUAGAGAUUUUUUGUUGUAUUUGUACUAGGCACACACCAUGCAGCAUGUCGUGACCUGAGUCGCUGACUGCCGCCCGAGCGAUACUAUGGUCGAGGAAUAUAUAAAUCGGCUACAACCUCCUCCUCCCGGGAGACGAGAGGGGGGUAUAUUCCUGUAUGAUAAUAUCGGAAGUGUCGAGCAGCGCCAGCACGGUCGCGAGCACAUCGGAUCUAGCAGUCGACACGCCGGCCCACUUGCUUUGCGGUCGGCACGGCUGGAGCCACUGUGCUUGCAUGGUUGGUAGUGGUAAGGAUGAGGAACGUUGGAAAAAAAACCCUGCCUACUGUAUCGGCUGAAACUGUGUGCGAUGUAUACCCAAAAGUACUAAUAUGUAUCUGUGGGCAUUGUUCUUGCAGAAUUAGAUGUCAGUGUGGCGUCUCCACGCGGCAUCUUGGACGACAUCAACAAAGGGCGAAGUAUGGAUCAUAUGAUAUUGCAUGAUCCGCUGCAAUAAAUGUUUAUUCUCGGCGCCGGGAACAUCAAGCACUUUGCGAUGUCUAAAGAACACACUUGCUCAGGGUUGCACAGCUGAGAAGCAAUGUGCCCCCGCCAGGAGGUUCUAUUUAUUGUCCGCGCGAUUUUUGUUUUUGUUUUUCUCAUGGGGCCUUGGCCCAGCAAGAAUAAGAAGCGCUCCGCGCCGGCCAGAAAGACGGCGCUUUUGCGUUGUGGUCGUGCCGUCCUCAGUACAGGCAACAUACGCUAGCACACGGCUUCGGUCUGUAUACAUCCCUAUGGCAACGGCAAUCAGUGCGGCUACAGAAAAAAGAUCGGCAGUGAAUGCGGAGACGACCAGCAGGCGGGAAUCUGCAAAUUCGAGUGCCACAGCACAGCUUCAGUCAGUCUCUUUGGCGGUGCUGUUUCUUGGGCUGCGCAUGACCUGUGCCACUGUGUCGGCGCCGAGACGGAUCCGAACACGCACAAGACCGGGCGGCGAGGGUUUGGCGAGGUGAUCAAAGGCGGCCGCGUGUGUGGUGGGGCAGGAGAAGCUCGCGUUGGUGGCAAAAACGUCGGAACAAUUUGUGCGGACGGCGCCGGAAAAUGUCGCGUGAAGCCACUGAAAGAAUCCAUGGACCGGUUCUGCGUGAACUCCGUCAACGCAUUGGCGUUCGCAGGCAACGGCUACUUCAUGUACAAGGGGGCCAAACUGGUCUACAGCCAUUUUUUCGGCACCCCCACUACCCCGGAAGAGCAGGAAAAGGCGCAGGGCCUUGUGAAGACGUUGCACGACGCAGCUGCCGUAUCCUGUGUGAAAGCACUACAUGAGUACUUCUUCCCAGCACGACCCUGCCCGGGCAGUUAUGUACAUCGGCACGCACAGCAGCUGUGUCAGGUGGCCCCCUGAUGUCUUGGGGGUGCUGCUGAUUUUGGUUGCGAUUUUCUAAUCAUAUUUGAGGAGCCCGAACUGCUGUGCCCGUGGCCUGCGCUUGCUCAGGAUUAUACAUAAAAGAGCGAACAGAUCGCCAUGCUACCGUGGUAGCGAUGAAUUAAUUAUCGUGGCUGCUUAUGCUCCGGCCCCCAAGGACCGUUUCCUGCCUAUGUCUUGUGUGGUUCCAACCCUCUAAAUUUUUAUAGUGGUCUUGACUUUGGAAGGGGCUAUCGUCUGUUUUCACCCAGGAUACGUGGGCGGCACACCGCAGAUCAACCCCAUGCAGCUGGCCAUGUUGGACUCGAUAUCGUGAGAAAAAAACGCAAGAAGGUUGGCCACCGCCACCGCAUUAGGUCAUGAACCGGCUUGGCAGGUCCGUUUGCUUGUGCCGUACCAAAGCCGCGAACAGCGCUGCUACUUUUCUUACAGCAGUGACGCCGGCUGCCAUGCAGCUGGCAGCCGCCAGAAGAUCACAGCGUGGCGCGGGUUGCACUCAGUUGGACUAACAGGCAUCGCGCCCCACUUGCCUCCCCGUAUUUCCCCGGGCACUACCACUAUCUACGCACGAAUGUACUGCAACAAGCACUAAAAAUGCUCUUUAUCUUGUCCGGGGUUGCUGCGCAAUUUAUUUUUAAUGCGUGGCGCGCGGCUGUAUGACAAUGUCAGUGCCUUGCUUUAUCUCGGGUGGGGCUAGUGAUCGUUUCAGAUAGGGCAGACGCUUGUAUAUCGUGUCAAUCAAGCAGGGGCCCGGGCUUCAAACUGCUACUCGCACAAACAGUUUUAAAUGGAAAGCGCAGCAUCAAGAUACGAGAGGGCACUUAGUUACUUUCAUCUCGGACCUGGUUUGUCGCUGGUAAAGCUGCCGCACGAAUUAUUAGCAAAUGCAAAUCUAUUGGCGCCUUUGGGUGUGGGGUUGGGGCUGACCAGCACACUGGCAUUUUUUUCCAGCAUACAUGGACACAUUGAAGCAGGUUGCCAUCGCAGACCUCACGCAGAGCAAGCCGUAUCAAGUGCAAAACGACGUUUCUGAGCGUCUCGGGAAGUCCUUGUGACGCCACUUUACUAGCUUUAGCUCGAAAAGGAAAAAUUGGAUCCUUCCAUAUACGCCGUACGUCGUCUUGCAGUUAUGCACAGCAUGUGAUAUAGAAAUAGAAGUGCAAGCGUGACGUGAGCUCCUCUAUAUGUGUAAAUUUGUCUACUGAAGGGUGCGCUUCGGCAGAGUUUUUUUGCUUUGGCGUGAUCACAGGCAGAUGGCAUACUUACUUAUUCUGAAAUGAGUGCCCUUCUCCUUAAAUACAAACCGCGCUGGUUUUCCUUUUACUUUCAACGGGAUCUUGCGCGGCGGGCGCUGGCCAUGGCGCCAGCCGAGCAUGACAACAAAGAAGUGAAACGCUUUCUCGACCUAGUACUUCCCGAGAUAAUGAGCCCAGAAACUACGUUCUCCGUGCAUAAGCGGUGGACGCAUUUUGUGGGGCUGCGGUCGCUGGGUCACAUCAAAGAAAGCGUCUACGUUCCGUUCCGGGGACUCCUCGAGAACAACAACAGCCUAUCCGGUGUGAAAACGUAUGCCCCCCUAGCCCUACAGACUUGUAAUGCAUAUUAUAGUUAGGGCCACCCGCGACCGCGUCUGUCAUGGAAGUAAGUCUAAGCAUCUCACGCGGCCCGCCAUGGGAGGCGGGGUCUAAUCCUGUUCUGGGCCAUGUUGUCCUUGUCGUGCGCGACCUCGACUCAGGAUUCGUUAUGUGGCCACGUGGACAAUGCUGCGGUUUAUUCAACUUUUGCGCGCGUGACGCCACCCAGACUUGCUUGGUUUGUAUACCUGUAAGCAGAGGCUGCAGCCUCUUUAGCUUGCUUGUUAAUGGGUGGGUGCGUUUUUGCUUAGGAUAGAACGUCUCCCCCGUUUACGAGAAAGGCGUCCAGGCGGUCAGGAUCAGGUGAAGGUUUUUCAGACUGGAAGAGGUGUGCUUAUUUGUAGUGCUGAUUUUGUAUUUCAAAUGCACGAAAAUGACAUCAACUGCUACGGAAGAUGAAAGGACUUCUCUAAACUAACAAUGAGUCGCACGACAUUUUUGGACAGGUGGAUAUUGACUAUGGACAAACAAAGAAGAUUCCAGCACUUCUUCGUCCUGAAGCUAAAGCUGAUUCUAUGUUCGCUUCCGGUUAUGAAAAAAUGAAAAUCGGAAUUCCCACCGCCGCAUGACACGCGCAUAGAACGUUUGUGCAGAUGCUGAACAUGGCUGUGCAGGGCGCCCUGACCUACGUCUCGAUUACCGUUUUAUGGAGGUGAAGUCAAGCUGAGUGAUCUUUCCCGCAUUGUAGUUACUAGUACUAGAAAAUAAAGGAAAGAAAAAGGUGCUUGUCAUGUUGCGGGGAUGAACUUGCCUCUGCAGCUCUUUGCUGCAAAGCGCCCACCAUCCAGUAGUUCCAGACCGUACGAAUAAACGUGUUUUGCAUGUUGACAGACAACGAAAAGGAAAAUAGCCGCGAACAGUUUGUAGUAUUGUUUAUCUGGGACUCCCACUCCUUGCCGGACAAAACGGCAGAACCUUGCAAGCCCCCAUGGCGCAGCUGCGCACUGCAACUUUUCAUACGGCUAGCAGCGGUCCGGGCCCGCAAGAUCACUCACUCUCUUGCCCCGGCUAUAAUUGAUGGGGAGUGUUCCCGUGCUCGCCAUUCCUCUUGCCAUCAUCGAGGUAUCCCGGGUAAGGCCACUUGCACCACCUCCACCCCCAGCACGCAUAAUAUUGGCGCGCGAGAUAAUUCAGUUUGGCACUAAAGGGAGCACUGCUUCUUGCGCUCACUACCAUCGCCAUCCACCUCCAACGUGAAAAACCAUGCCCCAGGGGCCCACGCAUGUUUUGUGCCAGUCUUGCGUUUACCGAUUGGGGGUCGUGAGGGUGCUUUUCCAAAGGAUACGGGGCUACCGAAUUUUAUUGUGACAGCGAACGGACUAUCCGGGGAAAAAGUAUCACGCUCGUAAUUUUGUUUCUGGUUGCGUUAAUCUUGCAUGGCGCUCUGUGUCCUCGUCGUCAUCUUCUUUGAGUUUUACUACCGGCGCCUAUCAAAAUCAAGCCAGCAAACUUUGCAUUUCAUUGUCCAUUUACUGGAUUGGGGAUUCGCGAUGCGAAUUGUGCGCGUGUGAUGCUUAUCAAGUGCAAAAGUGUCUGGGUCUGGAAGGUUGGGCCUUGUGAUGCUAACUUUGGACGACUCGAAAAAAAUCUGUAUUGCAUGAUCGGCAAGAGGAGUCUAGUUCGUGCUACGCAGAGACGGCAUUUGUAAUGCGGAAAAGGCAUCCGCAUCGGGAAGCCGAAGCCCUCUAAAAAUCUGUGAUGCUACGUCAUGCAUUACAGACAACUUGGGCCAUGCAAAACAUGCAUGACAAACCCGGCAACAUCCCAGACCCAGACACUUUUGCCUUUGAUAAUGCUCCUGGACCCCUGCAUACGGAUGCAGGAGCACUUGGAGAAACAGCACAGCGAAUGGCGGACGGGCUUUUGUGAAACGUUCCACACAGUGCAAAACAAGUACCCGCACGCCACGAAAACCUUCCGUGGGGUUUUGAAGCUCCUGAACGGGAUACCAGGCUGAAAAAAGCUGCCCCAAGUACAACCCUGAAGAGAAAACGCAACUAAGGUGCCUGCAUUGGCAUUGCAAGCCAAGGUCCUGGAAAGCCGAUUUAUGGUUUGGUCGCGUCUUUUUUACAAAUACAGACACAUAUGAUCGCGCGGAAAUAAAAGGGCUCCUUGCGUUGCACAUAAACGAAAGCAGUUUAUUCGUGCAUCAACAUAUGCUACCGACACAAAUUCUCAAUGCAGGAUAGUUGUCAGAAUAUGUGUUGCCGCACGGCGAUCCCGCGAGCAGAGCGGGAUUCGAUGUGGUCAUCAUGGGAGCAGAUGAACAAAUGAAUUUAAAAUUUGAAACGACCAAAAUGUUCUGCUCUUUUGGCUUCGCAGCAAAAUCUCAUGUCAUGACAGUUUGGGGGGCUCUGCAGUGCAAACAGGAAAGAUCCGUAGAACUUCUUCCGGGCGGGGCGGGGCGCAACUUUUCGCUCGGAUACCUGAUUUUGACGGGUACCAACCUGGGCGACGCCGUGAUAUGCUUCGCAAGUAUGUCUGGGUCGGGAAAAAUGCCGAACUUCGCCAACGCGCAGGUUUUGUAUGGCACAGUGGAGGGUCGGAUAAUUGCAGGGCCCAGCACCAAUCCAGGUUCUGGCCCGGCAGCCGCUUUGCGGUGCCUAUCCUGUAUGAGAAACUCCGCCUCAGGGUGGCCAAAAGUGCUGGCCUGGUUUCUCCAGUCGCGCAUUAAGUACAGGCCUUUGCGCUACUGACAGAGACCGUUGCAGGUUCCAAGGGUUCCAGACCCAGACAUAUUUGUGUUUUAUACGUGAUAUGGAUUGCAAAUAUGUCUGGGUCUGGAAAUUUGGUUGCUGAUACUUUCAUUACAAAGUUGCUGCUUGUAGGGCAUAAAAGCAUGAGAAAUUUGUCUCGGCUCCUUGCGGAUUCAUCCGUGUUUAGCAUUACAAACUGCCACCCAGCACGACAAAAAAAACUGGCCAACGAUAUCCAUGCAUGAUAGAUCUUGUUGUCCUUGAAGUCCUGCAUCACAAAUCCAGACCCAGACAUAUUUGCAAUGCAUACGCGAAGCAGCUGUACGAAUUUGGAAAGGAAGUGGUGAACAACUGGAAUCUGGUAUUACAAUGAAAAAUGCCCGCACCCCCAGCUCGGCAGCAUUUGUAUUGCAAACCUUUCCAGCAGGACCAUUCCCCGUCUUGCAUAUCUCAGCAUCACAAAUUUUCCAAUGCUGAAGAGGUCAAAUUUGUGUUGCGAAGUAGCCGAACAGCAGCUGGAUCUGUUAUGCACAAGGCACCUUGCGCACCCUGAUUCUGCAUCAGAAAGUCUCGCAAUCCUUUUAUGCAAGACAAAAAGCUUUCAUUUGGAAACUUUUCAUGACAAACUUCGGCAAAUUUCGGGAUGGGGGCAUUUUUCACUGCUAUAUCUGGUGCAGCAGGUUCUUGGCGACGAGAAGGCAAAGCAGGUGGCCGAGGCAACCGCGCGCGCGCUGGCAAAAAAAACGUCUGUGUACAUCGCCUUCAAGAAGGUCGGCAAGAAGUUGUCGCACCUCUGGAACGACAAAAUUGUGAAGCCUCUCGCUGCGGCCAUGGCACACAAGCUCGAGCUGGGGCAAUGCCUGGGGCGCACCAAAAUGCAUUUCGAUGACAAAGUAUCAAGACGAAAAAACGGGCCCCGAAAAUUGUUCUUGCGAGUCUGCGUGUAAGCAGUUGUGCUUUUUGUGCCAUGAAGGAAAAACACAACGAUCCUGACUAGGCCGACAGGCUUCCCUCGUAUCGUUGCCCUGUGUGACUGUGGUUACAGGUAGAAGCUCAUAUAUGAAGGCUUCGCAGGGAUCCGGAGCUUUCUUCUACUGGUGUAUGCUGAGUUGACAUUUCCACUACAACAGCUUGUUCCUUCAUGUGCUGCAUUAGCAUUACGGCUAAUGCCAAUAAGAUACGCGGCACUGUGAUAAUGAUCGCUGACACAAAGGUGGGGCUAUGUGUUUUCGUUUUCAUACAAAACUGGGGAGCUUUACGAAAGUGCCAGGCCGGAUGACGCCGUCAAAAUAGAAACCGUUUCCCAGGCGCAUAAUGAACACCAGCAGGACCCAUAAUCCCCCAACGCCGAGUGCCGAGCUUCCCAAACGCGGGAAGCCAUGCUGUUUGGAGCGAAAGUGGGGGCUUUUGUCAUGCUUAAUACUUGCAACGACCUUCCGCGUUUGCCUGCAGUGGUGCAGAAUUUGAACUGAGACAGCGUUCCCCGGAAUACUGGUUUGAUGCGUGACUACUAGUAGUUGCUCGAGGAUUGAUUAUGGUGAUGGGCUCUGUAUUAGUCGCGGCCUGCCCCACUUCGCGACCCGGUCGUGGCCUAAGCAUCUGCAGAAAGGGGCGCGGGGGUGGGUCGCUGCCCUUGUGGUUCGUUCGGUCGGGGUCGGUUAGCGCGAAAAUCUAUUUCUAUUUUGCCGAUGCCACCUCCGAGCUGACGUUCCCAUAACCUUGUGCCCGACGAGGACAAGACCGUGCCCGCCGAGGAGAAGGAGCAUAUGGGGGCAGCAGGCUCAGUUGUGAUCAUGAGCCCAACUGUGGCCGCCACAGGGCGCAGUAGUAGUUCCGGCUGUGGUGCACCGGGAAAACGAUCGAGAGUGUUGACGUGCCUAGCUGUUUUGGAUUGUGUUUGGCAUAUCAGAUAAUGUAUGUCCUCGCAGCAAGGCGUCUGCGCCUCAUCUAUGAAAAUCUUUAAUCUUUGUCCUUCCGAGAAGGCAGAUCGCUGAAAGGCGACUCGUAGGCUGUUGCGUGCAACAGGAGGGACGCGAACGUGAUGGACCUGCUCCUCCAGUAGGAGUUUACGCCCUCCUCCCGCCGUGGGUUUUGCAUGAAAAUAAAAGCUCAUUGGACUCGCCUAAGCAAGCAGCAUCCUCUCCACAGUUGGCGCGAUUGCCGCGACUGAGUUGUGCUAGGUCAUACUACAUGGACGGCUGCAUCGCUUCUUCCACAAGGUAAAAACUUUGAUCACUCGGGAAAAAGCUGCGGAGGAAAAGUGCUUGGAGGGAGCCGCACAAAAAGCCGCACAAGAACCAGAAACGGCGGCGCAGGAACCGACGUUGGAAGACUAUUGUGAGGAAAAUUCCCGCAACCCCCCAUACUCGUCAGCGAGAUGCUAA